CUGGAACCAGAUGUAGUUCCUGCUGAUGAUUCAGUGCUGCAUGCACACAACCGACAGAGUGAAGGAAAGACCUCAAUGCUUCGACACAACAUGAGCUACCUACAGAAAACGCAGUUGUUUUGAGGACUUCUGUUGCCGUCCGCAUCUGUUUGUACAUAUUUGUAAAACUUUAUGGCUGUUCAGGGAGACCGGUUGUACCUCAUUGCAAUGGAAUUGUUUUAGGUUUGGGCUACUUUACAGGAACUCUCUGAAAGACUUUGUUUAGUCUGCAUUAAUUCACACUGAGAAAAAUCAAGAGAAGAUGGCUGCACUCAUCUCAGAAAACUUUAAAUUUGUCGCGCUCUUCUUCAAGAGUAAAGAUGUCGUGAUCUUCAAUGGCUUGAUAGCUUUAGGGACAGUAGCGAGUCAAACAAUAUACAAUAUUUUUGCAUUUAACUGCCCGUGUGCACCAAAGAAGAACUACCUGUACGGCCUGGCAGCCAUUGGCGUACCAGCCCUGGCUUUUUUUGUCAUUGGGGUGAUGCUCAAUCGGAAUACCUGGGACAUUGUGUCAGAGUGCCGCACCAGAAAAUGUCGGAAACUAUCAAUGUCUGCUGCUUUUGCUCUGCUGGGCUCCAUUUUUGGGAGAGCAAUUGUUGCCCCGAUCACUUGGUCAGUUAUUUCCCUCCUGAGAGGAGAGGCGUAUGUCUGUGCUUUAAGUGAGUUUGUAGACCCCUCUACUUUGGAUCAUUUCCCUCCUACUAAAAAGACUCCAGAGAUCAUGGCCAGGUUUCCUUGUAGUGAUGUACCUGCCCUAUUUAGGAACUUCUCAAGAGUGAUUGAACGCGAGCUAAAGUAUGAAUCCCAGUUGUUGGGCUGGCUGCUGGUGGGAAUCAUCUCCCUCAGUGUCUUUCUCCUCCUCUGUCUGAAAACGUGCUGCUCUACCCUUGGCUAUCAGCAGGAGGCGUACUGGACCCAGUAUCGUUCCAACGAACAAGACCUGUUCCAGCGUACGGCUGAAGUACAUUCUAAAUACCACGCUGCUGAAUGUGUCAAGAGCUUCUUUGGUUUUGUGGCCCUGGAAGAGCAGGAGAAGAAGCUUCUAGAAGACUGCACGGGAAUCAAGAGCGUCAUUCCCAGAGAGGAGUGGAACCGCAUCACUGGGGUUUGCAUGUACAGAGAGAUCGACAACACUCCGGUCUACAGCCGUCUAAACAAAUGGGACAUGUACACAAAAGAGAACAACUGUUAGUUGAAUGAAUGAAAAACAUAUUGUGCAAUCUGUUAUACAUUCAGAAUUUUUCAUUUAUUGUUUUUGUUGUUCGUUCAUGGUGAACAUGUUGCUUGAGUAUUGUGUUGAUAUUUGUCACCGAAGGCUAUAAUUCAGUGUUUCUUUUUUUUUAAGGAUAAUAUGAUUUAUUUUAGCUUAGGCUAUUGGCAGCUUAAAUGGUCAUGUUUUGAUAACGCACAAUUAACUAUUUAGCAUCUGUUUUAAGAGACAUGAUGUAAGAUAUUCUCAGGAUGAGAUGAAAAACAAUAAAGUGCUGACAAAUUAGUGUCUAAUGAAUUAAUAAUAUUUCCCACUAAAACAUAUUUCAAACAAAACAUAAUGAAAAGUAUACUUGGAAGUUAGUUCUAUGAGUAAUUGAUGUUUUUGUAAUGCAAUCUACAAUUAAAGAAAUGCUUGCUGUAUAAAUACAAACAAUUUCUUCCUAGUGCUAAAAUAUGUAUAGAAUAUAGUAUAGAAUAUUUAUCCUAUUUGAAAAACAUAUAUUUCAAGCAAAGUAUACUACAAAUGCAUUUACAUUUUUAUAAACCUAAUAUUUAAUGUACUUAAUGCACUUUAAUUGUGCUAGUAUACUAAAGCCCAACUAAAGAUACACUUCAGAUAAAGAUAAAGAUACACAAGUGUAUUUUG